GGCUGCGGCGACGUUGCCCUUUUAAGAGCCAGCCUCCGUUAACUCUCUCUUUACGGGGCGUCCCGGAGGGGCUUACGGCGCCAGCCCGCAGCCCGCCUCCUCCUCGCGCGGCACUUCCGGACCCCGGCGUCGCCCUUUUAAGAGGCAGCCCCCAGCAGCUCUCUCCCCCGCCCCUUGUUGCUGGCGCGCGAGGCGGGGGAGCCCGGCUGGAGCGGAGCGCGCUGUCCGCGAGGCCACAGGAGACCGAGCAGCCGGCGGCCGGGCAGGCGGCGGCGGCGGCGGCGGCGGAUGGGGACGCGGAGCCGGGCGGCUGUGGCGGCUGUGGCUGUGGCGGCGGCGGGGAAGCAGCUGACGGGGCGGCGGCGGCGGCGGCGCUGGCGGCGGUGACUGGUCCAGGCCCCGGCGGCAGCUGCAGCGACGCGGUGGCGGGCUGCGGGCUGGCGGCGUGAGGAGCGGCGGCGGAGCGUGGAGCGGCGGGGAACCGAGGGCGCCGGGCCGCCCCUUGUUCUGUCCUCGCAGGCCGCCAGGCCCCCUCCAGCCGGGGCCGUGGAGCACCGGGGCAAAGGCCGGGGUCCCCCCAUGAAGGAGCGCGACGCGGCCCCGGCCGAGCGGGGCAAGCCGGCCACCUACACCGGGGACAAGAAGGCGAAGAUGGCGGCCAAGACCAACAAGAAGUGGGUCCGGCUCGCCACCGUGUUCGCCUACGUGCUCUCCGUGUCGCUGGCCGCCAUCGUGCUCGCCGUCUACUACAGCCUCAUCUGGCAGCCGGUGGGCGCCGGGACCUCGGGGGGAGCCGCGGGCCCGCCCCCCAGCGGCUCCAACGCCACUGGCCCGUCCGGGACUUCGGGGGCGGUGGCAGCGGCGGGACCCAACACUACGGGGUCGUCCCGCCGCGAGGCGCCGCGCGACGCGCCCCCACUGCAGGCGGCGCGGCCCGUGCUUCCGGAGCCCUCUGCCGACAGCCCCCUGGCCGGGCCGCUGGAGCAGCCGCAGGGGGCCGAGGAGGACGAGGAGGAAGCAGUGGCGGCGCCCAGGAGUCGUUGAACCCCUCCGAGCCACGGGCGGCCGGAAACCAUCCUCCCCAAGCCCGGAGGCAGGACUUUGCAGCCGGACCAGGCGGGGAGCCCGCAGGAGUGACCCCCACGGGAGUGAAAGCCUCCCUUCCCUCGACGAUCGCGGCUCGCCCCAGGGGCGAGGGGCCUGCAGCCCGAUCUUCAGCCAACAGACCACGAUUCUCCGGGGGCUGCUCUCGGGGUUUGGUCUUCCCAGGACCGUGCUGCACCAGGGCCCUGAGCCAUAAGGGGGAGGGGGGAGGGGUGGGGAGAUCCCAGCGCCGAACCCUUCUGCGCCGCUUGCUCUUCUGUAUCCUGUGUGCAGGGGUGACUCGAACUUUCCCCCAAGACUCAGGAGGAGGGAGCUGUAGGGGCUCUUCUUUAAUAAGCCGAAGAAGCUCUCGCAAGGAGGAGGGCACCAAAAGUAGUGGAGCUCAGGAGAACAUCUGGGAGUCCAGUCCCCUGUCCCCACCCUGACCCCUGCAUUCUGGACUGUUUAAUCCACUUUGAGAUGGAUCAAAGAGUCUAGAGAGACCACUCGUGGGUCCAGCUGCUGGCCUCCUGACUCUCUAAAGCCUUCACUGGAAUUGGGACAUUAGCUCCAGCUCUAGCUGUGAGCCUGACCAGAGACAUUAUUUAUAAUUCAGCCAUUUAAGAUAUACCUGUACUCAAAAAGUCCUGUAUAUUUUUUAAAAGUUUUAUUUUUCAGGUGAACAAAAAUACAUUCUAAGAACUCUG